CGUGCCCUUUCUCUUCUCCUUUUCUUGAAGAUGCAUCCAAAGCUAUGCCCGCAUUAUAGUGGCACCAACAUCCUGGCCCUCUUUCAUUUCAAAGCAAAUGCUUGUCACUGCUAAUGAACCAGCUUCUACUUUAAUGGGGGCAACAAGGUUUUUGGUGUCGAGGGUUCCGUCAUCUGCACGCCAUCGUCUGAUAGCGAUGGAGGAAUUGUAAUGGAUGGAUGCAUGCAUGCAUGCAUUGCUCGGCAUCCAUCCAGCAGGAUGAGAUGCUGCUUGAACCGGACAAAGUGGUACUGCCGAGUCUUGCAACUCUAUAAAUUCACAUCAAUACCUUCCAUGCUUCCUUCCCCUUCAGUAGAACAUCCCACUGUGACCGAGAUCUUUCUUGGAUCUUCUAUUCUCUGGAAAAUUUGUGACCAUGUAUCCAGGUGAGAUUGCCAGCAUUAGAUACCUUUCACCUUCGUGUAUGCCUUCUUGCCAGUCUCAGUACCACAUGGCUGAGAACAGCAUCCCCUCCUCCUUCCACCUGAGCGAUCUCUUUGGAUGUUGCUCCCCGAACCAAGCUCAGAGCUCGCCGUUGAUGCAUGAAGUCGGCCUUCCAAACAACGGCAUCCCCUCCUCCUUCCACCUGAGCGAUCUCUUUGGAUGUUGCUCCCCGAACCAAGCUCAGAGCUCGCCGUUGAUGCAUGAAGUCGGCCUUCCAAACCACAGCGUGGUCGAGGCGGAAGAGCAGCGACUGUGCUGGGCCGAGGAGCGGAGGAAGAGGAGGAUGAUAUCCAACAGAGAGUCCGCGCGGCGAUCGCGCAUGCGCAAGCUGAAGCAACUCAGCGAGCUGCGGUCGCAGGUUGCCCAUCUCCGGUCUGCAAACGGCCGGCUCCUCGAUGAUCUCAACCGUGCCAUGAGAGAGCGCGAGAAGGUACUCCGCGAGAAUGCCCAGCUCAGAGACGAAGAAACAGAGCUCCAGAAGAAGCUGGAGAAGCUGCCACCUGAACAUAGUUGUGCUCCACAAAAUCCAGAAGAACUCGGCUCGGAUUACAGUUGAAUCCUCCUUUUUGUGUUCUUCCCUUUUGAACUCUCUCAUCUCUCUCAGCGUGAUUAAGCUGGUAGGCUGCAUGCACAAGUUUACCAUGCAAAUAAUUAAUGCUCUUGCAUCACGAAUUUUAGUGAUA